AUGAAUUUAGCUGAGGUAGUUCAUGCAAGUUGGAGUAAACGAGACAAGAUGAACAUGUCUCUUCUGGAUGCAGCAUACGCGGACGCUUGCGAUAAUGUGCAGCUUGAAGUCGAUUAUAAGGCGUUUCGUGAUGGAGUUUCAUGCAUUGGUACAGGUCCUUCGAUGCUUGACAAAAAACGAAAUGCAACAGCAAAUCAGCUAAAACUUGCGAAAACACUUGGUGAAGAGCUAACAAGAGAAGACAUAACUGACAAGGACAGGACAGUUGCCCCUUCUGAAAGCGCAGUGCCCUUUACCACACCACAUGACAGACAUAACGCCAGUGUUAUGAGCGGACCGCGAAAAUCAUCACAAGCAAGACCUGGUCGGUACAGAACAGCACGCAGCAAACAUUUUAACGAUCGCUUGGAGAAAGCUAAACAAGAAAAAGAUUCAUUAAAAGCAGAACAUGUUAAUAAAAAUUCAAUACAUUGUGGUCUAUCGUACACAAUAUCAACGUCGCAGUGUAAAACCUACCAAGUUUGUAUAGGAACUCAGCACACGUGUGAAUGUCCUGAUUUCGCGAAAAGUCGUGGUAAGGAUUUGUGUAAACACAUUAUUUGGACUCUGCUAUACAUUUGCAAAAUUCCCGAAAACAAUGCGACAUUGCAACAGGUAUCCCUUACAGAUGAUGAGCUGCAACGGAUAGUGGCAAAUACACCCAAGGAGAUCUCAAAUUCCUUUAGAUGGGACGGCAAAAAUAAAAAAUCUCUGUGA